UUUAACUAUAAAGUACUAGUAUAUAAACUACACCCUCCUUGAUCUUUACUCAAUAUAAGAUCUUGUCUUUUUUCUCUUUCUUUAGGUGUCUUAAAAUCAAGAUCCCAGUUCCAGAAUCUACAGAGAGAAAAAAUGCGGACUACAACACUUAGUGGUAACUAUGGAUUCCCUCUCUGCAUCUCUGGGAUCGCUCAGCAGCUGUCUCUCUCCAAAGAAAUGGCAGAUCAUGACAAGAGAAGGAAGGGGAUGAAGAAGAGAAGGAGAAGGUCUGAAGAGUCCAGGAGCCAUGGUGAAGAAGAAAUGGUGGGUGUGGAGAGAUACCAUGAGCUAUGGCUUCAAGAGAUGAGAGAGAGUGAGGAUGUUAUUGCUUUAUUACAAAAUCCAGAGUCAUGGAGCUUUUCUUCUCACACAGCUAAAGCUGCUUAGUAUUAAAGAUCCACCAUGUUAUGUAUGUUUCUUGUAAACCUGCAGAUCAAGAAUCUUUAGCUGGAAAAAUCUAUAAAAUAUUCCUAAUGUUUUCAGUCA